AUGGGUGAGUUGACGGUAUCUCCACAGGAGAAACUGUUCGAUGCGGUGUCGGCCAUCAACGAGGUUGCAGAGGAGCUGACACGUCGACUUCAAACCGAAGAGUGCACUGAUGGCGUGGACCUGACUGAUGGCCACAAUGUUGCACAGAUUAUUCAGGGUGUCGGCUUCAUGUUCCUCGCCAUGUGGCUGAUCUUCGCAAACAACUCGAAGGUUGCCGUUGCUCAGAAGGCACCCCUGGAGCAGCGCCACAACAUCUGUGCCACGAUCAGCACAGCCGUGGCCCUCUUUUCCGGCUUCUUCAACAUUCUGCAGCUCACGGCCAUUGAUGACUUCGACUUGCCAGGCCGCUCGAACAACUUCACUCUCAAUUUGUCCAGGCCCGUCGAGUGGAUCCUUACGUGCCCGAUCAUGCAGCUGAAGCUGGUGGUCCUUGCAGGCUCCCGUGUGCCAAGCUAUCGCCGUUUCAUGAUGCCGCUGCUCUCCGUGGCCGUCCUGCUUUGUGGCACGGCCUCAAUGUUCACGGGUGACGCCUUGCGCUUCGCAUGGUACGGCUUCGGCUUGAGCCUUGCUAGCAUCAUGUUCUACCACAACGCCAUUCAGAUCAGAGAGAACAGUGAGGGUGAGGAGUCUUUCCUUCAUGGCGAUUCCGACUUCCGCAAGCUAUCGCUGUGCUUGAUCCUCACAUGGUUCCCCUUCCCGAUGUGGUUCAGCUUGAGCGUGGAGGGUUUCGGUGUUAUCACGGACGGUUUCAUCAUCGAGAUGGGUUGGGUCGUUCUGAACAUCGUCUCGAAGUUCGUCUUCAUCAUCUGGCUGCAGCGAAUGAAGAUGGUACACCAGCGCAAAGUAGAGUCUACACGCGAGCUUUAUGGCUUGUCUGCUUCCGACGACAUGACUGAGGGUGACCUGAAGCAGAAAGCUAUUUCCUUGGGCACUCACGGCGGGGUGAACGCCGAGAAUUACGGCCUUGGCCAAGGGGAGGAGGCCGAGAGCGAGGUCAAGCUGGCCGAGUUGGUGGCCGAGACCAUGGUGACCCUUGGGAUGAGCAGCCACACAGACCGCAUGCUAAGGCUAAUGGUCGACAACGGGGUUACCAAUACGGCCGUCCUCGAGCGUCUGAACCAAGAGCGGUGCAUGGAGCUGAACCUGCCGUGGGCAUUGAUCGAUGCUACGCAGCGCCGUUGGACGGCUGAGAAGAUGAACAUGGGCCAGGAUCAAGGUGGGUCCAUCGAGAAGGAGGACCCAUUCAAGAAGCUCUUGGAUGCCAACAAGGAACGCAUGACGGGGAAGAGCCUCCUCAACGCACUCCCCAACAUGCCGGGCAUGUUGACACCGCCCCUUGCAGGAGGCAUGGUCAUGGACAUCGGGGGCAUGGAAGACCAGAUCCUGUCGGCAGUGAACAGGGCGCUGGUGCCGGUCCAGGAUAUGAUCAUGUCUCGCAUGCAAGUCAUGGAGGAGAACUUGCAACGCCAGCUCGAGAGUUCGCAAGAAGCCAUCUCCCAGCGCAUGGACUUCUCGCAGAUCUCGCUGCUGCAGACCGUCAACGCCUGUCAGGUGUUGCUGCAGAAGCUCGACUCCUCGCAGGAGACGGUGAUGCAGAAGAUGGACACGCAGAAGGCAGUGGUAGACCAGAUGGUGAACUCCUAUUCGGGCCUGGUCAAAAACAUCGACGGCGCCAGUGACAGCACUAAGCGGGCCUUGUUGGACACCGUGAACAGCUCGUCUGAUGUGCUCCUUCAGAAGCUUGAUGCCACGCAGCAGGACUUGCUGAAGCAGAGUCAGGACUCCCACUCGGUGCUGCAAACCGUGGCCCAGACGCAAACGACCCUGGCCAAGAAGGUCGACACUGGCAACGAGUUCACGCAAAAACGUUUGGUGGAGAUGGAGUCUUGCAUCGAGCGCAAGGUGGAUGCACUCGGCACUGCCGUCGCAGAGGGACAAGCUGCGGCCUCCGAGAAGAUCAUCCAGGCUUCGCGGGUCGACCUGGCCGCCCUCGCGACCCAGGGCAAUGCCAUGCUGGACGCGACGGAGAAGUCGGCGGCACAGCAGGAGCAGCGCAUGACGGAUGUCCGUCGCCAGAACCUCAUGAUCUUGGACCUGCUGACCAAUGCCCAGCAAGCAAUGCAAGGUAGUGCCGAGUCUCUCGAGAAUUUCACACGCUCCGAGAUCAUGCGUGACUCUGCGGCCAACAUGGAGAUGCAGAUCCGUGAUGUCAUCAUGCAGCAGAUGUCCAAGUUGCAGGACGCCUUCUUGGGCGGUGAUGAUGAAGAAGGUAGCGGCAACUCGUUCAAGGCGGCCGUGACGUCAAUGGUCAUGAAACUCGAGGAGAGCGCGGCUCGCUUGGAGACCGCAUCUACACCGGCCGAGGAUGGAGAAAAGCAGGCCGACAUGCUGAACAACAUGCGGCAGGAGCUCGCCGCCUUGGCUGCGGCCUUGGGGCAGCAGCAGCAGGAGGCAUCCCAGCAAAGCCUGCUCCAAGUCAGCGAAGCGCUCCGCGCUGAGCUGCUGCCGCUGAAGGAUUCGCAGACGGAGGUCACAGGAGUGUUGACGGAGAAGGUUGCUGAGCUUCAAGACUCCGUCGCUCAGAACCUGGCCAAGUUUGAGAUGGGCAUGGACAAAGUCUUGCAGACCGUCGAGGCAUCAUCUGCAAAACCUUCCAGCCAGGAUAAGCGUUCAUCUCGCCAAGCGGAUCGCAGCGGCUAG